GUAUCGACGUCAUCAAAUAGCGACAAUGCGUAAUGCGCCAUCUUUGUGCGCCCGUUUAUUUACGUCAUGGCGUCGGUGGAUUUCAGAGACAACCUGCUGGGCAUAUCCUGGGUGGACAGCGGCUUGGUGCCCAUUCUCAACCCUGGAAAUGUACUCGAUUACUUCUCGGAGAGGAGUAACCCCUUUUAUGACCGCACUUGUAAUAACGAGGUGGUGAAGAUGCAGCGGCUCAGCCUGGACCAUCUCAAUCAAAUGGUGGGGGUGGAGUACAUUCUUCUCCAUGCGCAAGAGCCCAUUCUCUACAUCAUCCGUAAGCAACAGAGACAGUCACCCACGCAAGUGAUUCCCUUGGCUGACUACUACAUCAUCAUCGGAGUGGUCUAUCAAGCUCCGGACCUCAGCACGGUCAUCAGCUCCAGAGCGCUUUCUGCCGUUCACGGCAUCCAGUCUGCGUUUGACGAAGCCAUGUCCUACUGCCGCUACCAUCCCUCCAAAGGAUACUGGUGGCACUUUAAAGACCAGGAAGAGAGAGAAAAAAAUAAACCGAAAUCCAAGAAGAAGGAGGAGCCGGGUUCACUUUUCCAGAGACAUCGCGUGGACACGCUGCUUUUGGACCUCAGGUCAAAGUUCCCGCCAACCUUCUACCAGCCAAAGCCUGGAGAGAAGCCCAUUCCCGUGGAGGUGAAAAAAGAGCCUGAACCUCCCACGGAAACCGUCAAACAAGAUGAAAGGGAGCCAGCAGCCAAAUCCUCCUCCGCCGCCGCCACUACCGUCGCGGCCGCUGCCGCGCCGACCAACAAGCCGCCUCCUGAAAAGCGACCGCGUCUCCAGUGACACCCCCUCCACCCCCCAUUACACCAACAGGAAACCCAAUUAGGACUUUGUCUCCGCCACUCGGCCGCUGUGUGGUCAGGAUGAGGAAUUGGUUCUCGUGUCGGGCCCGGAUGCCUCCCACGCAGCAUUAUUGAAUAAUGAUAACAAUAUGAACCCUGGUGGGGAUGGGCCAGCGGAUGUUUGAUGAUCUGUUUGAUGACAUCAGCAUUUUCCAUCCACGAUUACUUUCACCCAAGUACGCAAGAUUCCUCGCCCGGCUCAUUUCAUACACUGCUUGUUGUCUGUUUUUUGUGUACUAAAAUGUAUUAUGUUUUUUUUUUUCCUUGUGUGACAGCAAUACACUUUUGUAAUUAUGUUAUUAUAUCCUCCAUAUGUGUUUAUUCUUGACAACAUUGGACUCACUGCA